UGGCCGUGAGCGGGAAUCGAACCCGAGUCGCCAGGUUCAUAGCGCAGCGCGCUAACCGCUACACUAUCGCUCCCCACACACAGUCACACACACACUCUACCCACUCUGCAUCGCCACCGCAUUGCACUGCGUGCAGCAUGCCGCUCCUGCGCUAGUGCAGACGAGGAGCUCACAGGAGUGGACAUCAGCAGCAGCCACACACACUCAGAACCCAACAACAACAACGACGACAAGCUCCGCAUCGUAAUCUUCCGCUGCUCUAGCUGUGCUUUCUUCGUGACCAUGGCUUGCCGACCGGCGCAGUAGCAGCGGCAGGAAGAAGAGGCGGACGAUAACAAGGAGCGAAUGAAGUCCAAGAGCCUUCCCGACCUCAGUGGCGUGGCCGGGGACGUCCAUCGGGUGGCGAACGAGAGUGGUGGUGGGACCGUGGUGGCCGGCCAUCAUCACGGCGGUGCGACGGACCUGACGUGUACCUGGCAGGCAGUGGUCCUGCGGGUCAGGAGCUACAUCAGCACGAAAGAGUUGGCCGACUCGCGCUGUUUCCUGUUCUGCAUCUGCAGGUCAGGAGACCUUCAUCCAAGCGCUCAUGGUGUCCGACUACCUGAGCAGCGUCAUCACCACCACGGAGAAGCGCUACAACCUCAAGAGCUCCGAGUCGCGCCUCCUGGUCAGCUGCUUUGACAUCGGCAACCUCUUGGUGGUGGUGGCCGUCAGCUACUACGGCGGCCGGGGUCACCGGCCACGCUGGCUGGCCGUCGGCGGAGCCCUCAUUGCCCUCGGAGCGGUCAUCUUCACGAUGCCCCACUUCCUCUCGCCGCCUUACCACGAAAACUACGCCGCACGCUUCCAGGAGCUCGAGGCCGAGCACCGUGACAGCGACAAAAUUUCUGUGCGGCGACGCCGCCAACGCCAACGCGAGCUCGCUGUCUCCAGGCGCUUCCAAGGCGGCGAAGCCCUGCGACAGGAACACCGGGGGAGGCAGCCACGGGAUUUACCUGGCGCUGUUAUGAGCGCCCAGAUCCUGGUGGGCAUGGGCUCCACUCCCAUCUACAUCCUGGGGCCGACCUACCUGGAUGACAACGUGAAGGAGGAGAACGCCUCGCUCUAUCUAGUGAACGCGCGCAGCUCCGGGGGCUGGGACGAGAGUGCGCCAUUGCGAGCCUGCUCCCAGAGGAGGAAGAGGAGGAAGAGGGGCUCGCCAGUACGGUAAGGGGUCGGGCAAGGGAGCCUCUGGGAUCCUGCGAGACAACCCCGGGAUGGGUAGCAGGGCUACAGACCGGCAUGGGAGAUAUAGCCGGCCAGAUGGCCCACGUACGGUCUACAGUUGAGACCAUUCAGUCCGAAAUGGGAGAGCUGCGUUCCACAGUAGGGGGGCUAACUGGACGAGCGUCCCGAUUGGAGGCAGAGCUUGGGCAAACACGUAUCGGGGAGAGGAGAAGGAAUGGGCAGGGGGCCUCCUAUGGGGCCGCCCCCCGGGCAUGUUACCUGUGCGACCAUCGAGGGCAUCUCAUGAGAGACUGUCCUCAGAUCGCCCGCGUUAGAAACGCCCCAGAGUUAAAUGCCAACGCCCCCCAGAGAGUGGACCAACUAGGAGUGCAAUCGACACGGUCCCAACACAAAAUGACGAUAAUAAUAAUGGUGAGCGAGUGACCUCCACACAGAUUCCGACAACAGCACCUAAGAACGCGGUGACUCCUGGCGACUGGCUACGGGAGUUAGUGGCGGGAAUCACCAACGUCGCUGGUGGAAGGACAGGUAAACAGGCAGGAUACCCGGAUUCUGUUAGACACGGGGGCAGUGGCCCCACUCGUGAGUGCCACACACUGCAGCGUACUCGGGGUUGAUGUGGACCACCUGCAGGCCCCGGAUCGCGUGCUGCACACUGCAAGCGGAGCCGGGAUGGGGCUGCUGGGAAGGGUCACCCUCGAGGUCCGUCUCGGACACCAGGUGUGCACCCAGGAAUUCUAUGUCUCGAGUGUGUUGUGCCAUGAGUGUAUCGCAGGUACAGACCUCCUGGAAAAGCUGGGGCUCAACGUGCAGCCCCGCCAGCGAUGCGCCACCGUGGAAGGCAGUGUGAAGCGGAUUCCGUUCCUGGGACAAGAGCCGAAUCGCCCCCGCUUCACACCCGUGGCCGCCUCCCUGGUGUCGGCCGUCACCAUCGGGCCGCUCACCGAGAUGCUGCUGCCAGUGGCAACACCCUCCACCGACCCCACACACCGACCAUCGGGCGAGGUAAUGCUAACUCCUCACCCGGAGUUGGUGGCGCGGUACGGGGUUGUGGGAUCAGCCACGCUGGUCAACGCAGACGGGGGCCUACUGUUUAUGCGGGUAUUUAACCUACACAGUACCCUGGCAAUGCUACGACGACGCACCACGGUAGCCACCAUACACCCUCUGCACGCGCGCCACUCUAACGACUCGGUGUUUGCCCUCUGGGCUGAGGACCCUGGUCGCCCCGAGGACUACCAGGACCUGGCCUGGCGAGUCGGCCUGACUCCCCGAGCCGAGGCCGUCCCCCUGCUUGACGCGUUACACGUACCUUGGGCAGAUUUACCUAAGAGGGAGGCCAAUCAGCUGCGCGGGUUACUGCGGGAGUACGCCGACGUGUUCAGUGAACAAGACUCAGACAUUGGUCGGACGGACCUUGUUAAGCACCAAAUUGACACCGGUGCCGCCCGACCCAUUAAAAUCCCCGCAUACCGAGUGGGCGCACCUGAACGGGGCCAGAUUAAAGAGGCAGUUGUGGAUAUGCUCCGCGAUAACAUAAUCCAGCCCUCAGCGAGCCCCUGGUCUGCCCCGGUAGUACUAGUGACGAAAAAGGAUGGGUCGACCCGGUUUUGUGUUGAUUACCGAAAGUUGAACGUAGUCACCCUCGGCGACGCCUUCCCCAUCCUACUCAUUGAUGACACCUUUGACAGCCUCGCAGGAGCGUGGUAUUUGGCAGGUAGAGAUGGCGGAGGAUCGGCCAAAAACCGCAUUCACCACCCCAAUGGGACUGUUUGAGUUUCGGGUGCUCCCGUUCGGACUCACUAACGUGCCCGCGAUGUUCCAGCGGUUGAUAGAGUUGGUGAUGCGGGGCUUGCAGUGGGAACAGUGCCUAAUUUACCUGGAUGACGUGAUAGUGUUCAGUAGAUCUCUGUCUGAUUACUGGUCCAGGCUGCGAGAGGUAUUCCAGCGGCUGCGAGCAGCCCAUCUCAAGCUCAAACCGCGUAAGUGUUACAUUGCACAGCGCGAGGUGGGGUACCUCGGACACCAAGUCAGUGAGGCAGGGGUGCGCACCGAUCCGCAGAAGGUACGCGCCGUAGUGGAUUGGCCACGACCAAGGAACCUAACGGAGAUCAGGUCAUUCUUAGGGCUCGCCACCUAUUAUCGUUGAUUUGUAAAGGGAUUCAGCGAGAUUGCACGCCCCCUCACCCAACUCACUUCCCCUAUCAGUGGACGGAGGCCUGCCAGAUGGCCUUCACCACCCUCAAAGAUCACCUCACCCACACCCCUACCCUGGCUUUUCCCGAUUUCACCACCGAUUUUAUUUUGGACACCGACGCCUGCAGCAGUGGGCUGGGCGCGGUGUUGUCACAGGUACAGGAUGGGACGGAGCGGGUCAUCGCAUACGCCAGCUGGACCCUGAGCGGGGCCGAGCUGAACCAUUGCGCGACCCGUCAAGAACUGUAUGCCGUAAUCUUCGUGUGUAAACAGUUCUGGCCGUAUUUGUAUGGCAGGAAAUGUCGGGUGCGCACUGAGCAUUAUGCUCUGCAAUUCCUCUUCACCUUCAAGGAACCACGCGGACAGAUGGCCCGAUGGCUGGCGCAGUUGCAGGAAUACAACCUGCCGAUCGCGUACCGGGCUGGGCGGACGCAUGCAAACGCGGUGUGCGCCGAGACGAGGGCGGAGGAGGCCUGCCCGUGCUGAGACUAAACCCCCUCUCGCGAGAGAGAGUGCAGUAUGCGCCGCAGAGACCCCUGCAGAAGGAGCAAGGGACCCGACGGACCACCCCACCCUGACCGGGCGGAUCCAAGAGGACGUCGGCUGCGCAUUCCCGGGCUUGAAUGACGAGCAGCUGAGACGGACCCAGCAGCGGGAUCCGGAUCUGGCGGCGGUGGAAGCGGACCUACGGGAGAAGAAGGACGCCCUACCAGGACCCUGGAGUGGUUUGUACGCCCGGUUGUGUGUGCAGAACGGGGUGGUAUGGGAGCUAACCGAGGCCGGCCAGCCGGGGUGCAUCUGUGUUCCCGCCCAGGUGCGACCUCAGCUGCUACGGCUGGUGCACGACAACCCGCUCAGAAGCCAUAAUCGAGAACGGCGUACCCGGGAGAUCCUACGUCGCCAGUAUCUCUGGCCCAAAUUGACAUAAGAUGUGGCCGCCUGGGUACAGGGCUGCCGCGCUUGUCAGCAGUGCGUGCCGAAACCGGCGCGAUACCAGGUGCCCCCGAGACCGUUCCGCAUCAGUCGGAUGAACCAGCUUGUCGGGAUCGACCUACAGGAACCGUUCCCGCGAUCCCAUCGGGGCAACUGGUAUAUCCUCGUAGCGGUGGAAUACUUCACCCGCUAUCCCAUGGCGGUGGCCAUCCCCGAUAAGACGGCCCUUGUGGUGUCCCAGGCAUUAGUGGAGCACUACGUACUUAAGCACGAGAUCCCCAAAAGGGUCAUUGCCGACCAAGGCAGUGAGUUUGAGGCAGAGCUGUUUCAGGCGCUGUGCCGCGAGUUCAGAAUCCAGAAGGACCGAACAACGGCGUACCACCCCCAGGCGAAUGGGAUGGUGGAGCAUAUGAACCAGACCCUAGCCGGGAAGCUCAAACGCAUGGCGGCCGCAAAUCAGUACGACUGGGACGAACACCUCCCCUAUGCCCUGUUCGCCUACGCCACCACCGUACACACGUCUACAGGACAGACCCCGUUCCUAAUGAUGUUUGGCCGUGAGUCUCGUCUACCCGCAGAUCUGCUGUUCGGCGUUCCCCCACCGCAACAGGAGGAGGGGAGCCGCCCCGUGGAGCACCUGAUGGAGACUCUGCGAGGGGCCCGGGACCAGGCCUACCCGCAAGGAGAGGCCGCGCAUCGGCGGCAAGAGCAGGGCGGCCGACCCCGUAUGGAGCCCCCCUUCUACUCGGCAGGCUCUAAGGUGUGGCUACACACCCCUCACGUUGGGACCGGACAGGUGGGGAAACUGACCACCUACUGGCGCAGACCCUGGACCGUGGGGCGACAGAUCUCCCCCUGGAUGGUGCUGAUUCAAGGCGGAGAGAGGGGCCAAGAGAUGGUGGUCAUCAUCCGCCGAUUGAAACCAUGGAGGGCAGCCCCAGCGAGGGAGAACCCCGCCGUUCGGGUAACCCGAAAUCCCGGGGUCCCCACACCCCCAUGCUCAGAGGCCUCGCACGGUAUAUGAGCCCCACGGGGCUCCGGGCCCCGAGGGGUCACGGCCCGGGCCGGGGGGGGGCGGGAACGACGGCCCUUAAAACCUGCUGCCUCUGAGUUUGUUCCCCAGCCCGCAGGUGCCGAGGGACGAGAAGAGCCGUUGGAGUGGAGGAGGAGACCACCACCGGAACCCCAGGAGACAGAGCCACCACUCCCGAGGCCGGCCACGAGGGCCGGGCGAGUCCCGCGGACCCCGCGGCGCUACCUCGUGGGGGCAACCCAGGCGAGGUGCUCCAGUCAACCCGGGACGGGGACUGGCACCUCGAGGGGCUAUGUGGUGCUACAGCAGCGAAGCCGCUCCGUCAACUGUGAUGCCACAGCAGCGAAGCCGUCCUGCCGACUCUGGCCACGACGCCGCCACCUCCGAGCAACGGGGCCGACCCUGCUCUUCCCUCACCACCCCCCACAUGAACACAAACACACCCCCACAUAGAGCCCUGAGGGGAGGUCACCUGGCCGACAGGUUUUCACCCAGAAGCCCUCUCAUGGGACCAAACUUCACGAUUUCCUGCGACCAGGGAAUUGGGCGACCUCCCCCGAGGCUAACGUGCACCGCGGCACCUUGACUUGGGUUGUAAUUACAUGGUCACGACGGGGCUGCUGAGCCACCGUGGAUAGAAAACACCCACAAUACACACGGGUCAGCAGGCAGGUAGGGGGGUACGGAGUCACAAACGGCGGGAAAAACAGGGCCGGUCCUCUGAUUGGUAGGACAGAUGUGCUUGUUUAGAGGGUGAAAAGCGGACGUCUGAGAGAGCACCGGUCCGGGGAGAGUGGCGGGAAAUCCGAGCCACCUAAUUGGACGGGAGGCCAGCGGAUCAGCGCCGAUUUAUCUUUGAUGUAGGGUACAAUAAAAAGGGUAGAAGAGGUAGAGAGAGUUAGUUCGUGUUCUACUCAAGCCAGCGCUCGGGGCGGUCGACUUCCCAGCCACUCGAACGUCCGUGUGAUGAGUCGAAGUGCACCGAGGAUCCGACCCAGCAGCUCCGUACGAGUCGAACCGUGAGUACCCGAGAGUGAGAUAUUGAGGCCAUUGGGAGAUUGUCUUAGGAGAGUGAUUUGAAAGAGACGAUACGAAUCAGGUCUUAGACCAUCGGGAGAUAGGUUAGACCUGCCCUGCUGACUCAAACUUACUCGGGUAAUUUAACCUUGGACUCACUGAGAAUAAACUGCUGGGGAUCAAUAAA